UCUGCAAACUGCAUAAUCUUGCCGAUAUCCGUUUAAUUCGAAUCAACUUUGAUAAUUAUUGAUAAGAAUGGGCCGUAAACUAUAGAUCGCGUACACUGAGAGGCUAAAGACUGUUUCUAUUUUAAAAAAUAUUAAUUUAAAUGGGUGUUAAAAGGAAGAAAGUGCUAGAUGUUGUGUCUGGGUGGGAAUCGGUGGAUUUAAUAUUAAAAUGUAUUUUUGUGGGUUUAUGGCAAAUGAUACAAAUUGCAGUUCGAAGGUUAUGGAAAGGGCACCGGAGGAAAAUAUCCAAGAACUAUCCACCUGUCGAACUAACCGUUGAUUCAUCUAUAGGUAUACACUGUUAUAUUAAAAUUAUGGGUGUAAAAUAUCAUUAUGUUGAAACUGGCCCAAAAAAUGGUCAAAUAGUGCUUAUUCUUGGAGAUGCACCAGACACUGGAGACCUGUGGGUUCCGAGCUGGUCGUCAGUGGUCAGGCGUUUAGCUGAACUUGGUCAUCAUGUCAUAACCCUAGACCUUAGGGGUACUGGAGCUAGUGAACCAGGGGAUAGGAUUGACUUGUCUCCACCGCGGGCCGUUGAAGAGUUGAAAUCCUUAUUAAUAGCCCUUGGUGUGACUGAAAGCAAUCCUGCUGUGGUCAUCGGCUUUGGAAUUGGAGGUAUGCUCACUUGGUAUCUCGUUCAUUGCGAAGGAUCCUUGGUGAGCAAAUUUGCGGUGAUCGCGGCACCGCAUCCGAAUCUCUACUGGCAACACCCGCCUGCAGCGUUUUGCCAUCGCUCUUUACAUUUUAUUCAGUGGCCACAUUUCCCUGAAAAGUGGCUAGCUGAAGGUGCAAUGCAAGAAGGCAGCCAAUGGGCCAGCUCGCGUGCGAGGGACUGGAGCGGUGCCCUGAACUACGUCAGAAGCGCGGCGUGGUACCGCAUCUCGGCCGAGCACAAGGUGUCGGCGCGCGGGCUGCUGGCGGGCGCGCGCGACAGCGCCGCGCAGCUCGUGGCGAGCGCGCAGUACUGCGCGCACCCCGCGCUGCGCCUGCUGGCCGACGCGAGCCCCCGCGACAAGGACCUGCCGGCUCUCAUCCUCGACUUUCUCGUGGGUAAACAGAGACCCACGGAGGAAGCCUCCAAGGGGUUAAUGGGCAGGGUUCUGGGGGCGGUCGCCGACCGGGGACGAGAACUCACUGCUCGUCUAGCGUUACCGGCGAAUGCGUGACAGUCGUCGAAAAUUUUCGAAUUAUUUAAAAAGCUAAAUAUGUGUAAAAUUGUAAUGGCAUCUAUUUUUAUAAGUCACGAAUAAUAUAUUAAAAACUGAAAUUAUAUAUAUAGUAAAAUAAUGUUAUUUAAAAUAUAUAAUAUAGAAUAAUGUUGUAAAUAAGAAGAUAUAUAGAUUUUAUUGUAUUAAAGUUCAAAUUGAUUAUUAUUUAUCAGUAAUAUAUAAUGCGUACACGUAUAAAGUCUUCAGAACUCGUAAAUAUAUUUAUUAAAUUUCACUGCAUUUAUUAGUUCGUAUCUUAACAACCAAUAAAAGGUCACGGAUGCGAAAUGCAUUGAUAAAAAUAUUGUUUAAAACGAGAUAAUUACAUUUUAAGUAAAUAACGUGUGCAGCGGAAUGAUUUUAUUAUUUACUUAUGAUGAAAUUGAAUUUUAAUUUCAUCAUUAUCAUAUAAAGUUCAAUAUAUACAUAAUUAUCAAAAACACACGGUUGUCGUUCCUAACAAUUAAUUGAGAAAUCAUCAACCACUAAAGAUGUAUAUAAUUGAUUACCAAUUAAGAAUAUUAUGUAAUUAUAAAAUAAUUUGUUAAAAAAAAAUAACAGUGUGAUUUAGGUUUUAGAAUCAUUUGUAAAAUUGCAAUAAAAACUAUUUAUAAAUUAUUUAUAGUAUUUAAAAAAAACAUUUUUAAUCUUAAAUUCGUUAAAUUAUUUGCCCACAUUUUAUUAUUUUUAUUAAAAUUAGUUUUUUUUAUAUAUUUUAAAGAUGGAUCGGAAUCAAAGACUUGUUUAGUGUUAAGGCCAAAUAUAUAUUUGUAUAAAAAAUAAAACCACAUAGAAAA